AUGGCCCUUCACGUGCUUCCGGUAACUGAGGCCCGACGGGGUCUUGUUGUCGACGGUGAACUUUGUGAUGUAGCCGAAAGGGGCCUGGAGAGCAAUCAGCCUCUCUUCAACAGGAGAGAGGCCAUCGAGCUCUUCAGGGUACCGAUGCUCGCAUCCGAUGUCCAUGUUGUUGACCGAGCAGACCUUCGGAAGCUUUCCAUUUUCCAAGCCGGUGCGGCACUCGUGGCACACCUGAACUCCAUCCCUGUCGUCCAGUGGAAGGCACUUCCUGCACUGCUGAAGAGUCCUCGUGGCCUGCAGCAAGGAGGGCGUCAACUGCCUCUUCCACUGGAUGGUGCGUCGACCUGGAGAGCGAGUGGGACCUCUUUGCGCCAUGAUCUUGUUGCUGAUGCCUCCUCUUUGUCGCGAAAGCAAGAUUCGUGGUAUUGUAGAAUAGAUCUGAGAGACUCCCGCUGGAGCUGGACGGUUUCCCGUAUCGGCCGCGGCCUCGUCGGGGCGCGGUUUGGUUGCGUGUUCGGCGGAGUUGGAAGCGUUUCCUCCAUCGACCGCCGCGUCUUCUUCGGGGAGCGGUUUGGUUUCGGGGCAUGGUUUGGUUGCGUGUUCGGCGGAGUUGGAAGCGUUUCCUCCAUUGACCGCCGCCUCCUCUUCGGGGAGCGGUGUAGGUGCGUAGGCGACGGAGCUGGAAGCGCUUCCUGUUCCCUGUGGCGCUUUGACGAAGGAAGGGUCUGUGGAGGGCGGUACAACCUGUUGGGAGUGGUCGGCCGCUCUAUCUGUUCGGUCUUUCCGGCCCUUUGA